AUGAACGCGACAGACUAUGACGACGUUACCAAAUUUCUGGGAGAAUGGGGACCUUUUCAAAAACGGUUUGGGUUACUCCUCUGUUUAUGCGUAGUUCCUGUCGGCUUGGCAUGUUUCUCCAUCAUAUUCCUCGCUGCCACCCCACCGCACCACUGCGCGAUACCACCAAACGCCAAUAUUAGCGCCGAAUGGAGAAACUAUUCUAUUCCACUGGAAGAAGAUGAUGGGGAGAUGCGAUACAGCCAAUGCACCCGAUACAAACUGGACGUAAUAAAGCGUCUUUCAGACAACGGAUCCGUGCCUGGAAUCGACGUGAAUGUUAGUGAAAUAGAACAAGAAAGCUGUAAGGAUGGGUGGGAAUACGACAGAUCAAUUUACGUUUCGACCAUCGUAUCUGAGUGGGAUCUGGUGUGCAGUGAUGCAUGGAAGGCCCCCAUGACCUCUUCUGUGUAUUUCUGUGGUCUGUUAACUGGAUCCUUCACUUCGGGACAACUGUCUGACCGGUUUGGGAGGAAAAUCACUCUAUUUGUGACAAUCGGAGUUCAGAUUUUGUUCAUAUGCGUCCAGAUUUUCUCCACAUCCUGGCCCAUGUUCUUAGCUCUUUCCUUUGUAAUUGGGAUAGCUGAAAUUUCUACCUAUUUGACAACAUUUGUCCUAGGAACAGAAGUCUUGACUCCACGCAUUCGGAUCAUAUUCUGCUCUGUGGGAGUGUCCGCUUUUUUUGCCGUUGGCUACAUGUUGCUUCCCCUGACGGCCUUCUUCAUCAGAGACUGGAGAAUGCUGCUGAUCGCUGUGGCUGUGCCUGGAGUUGUCUACGUUCCCCUUUGGAGGUUGAUCUCGGAGUCCCCCCGAUGGCUUCUCUCUCAGGGCCGGGUGGAGGAGGCAGAGGCCAUUUUGAGAGGUGCUGCCAAGAAGAACGGAGUCAAAGCCCCGGAGGUCAUCUUUCAACCGCUCCAGGUGGAAAAUGAGGAGAAAGUGAACCACCACAGCAUCUGUGAUCUCGUGAAGUUCGACAACAUCCGCUGGAUCACGAUCAUACUGAGCUUUGCAUGGAUCACAAUCUCCAUUGGGUACUUCUCCUUAUCGUUGAACACCUCCAAUCUGCUUGGGGACCCCUUUGUGAACUGUUUCCUGUCGGCGGCUGUUGAAGUUCCGGGCUACAUUUUGUCCUGGCCCCUACUUCGCUCGUUCCCAAGGCGACUGUCCAUCUUUCCCAUGCUGAUCAUCUGUGGAGUUUCCCUGCUGUUCACCCAGCUCAUACCAAGAGAGCUGAGUUCAGUGUCUAUCGCGCUGAAGAUGAUGGGGAAAUUUGGAUUCUCGUUGUCCUUCACUCUGGUGUAUGCCUACACGGCUGAGGUGUACCCCACCGUCCUGAGGAACACCGCAGUGGGCACCUGCUCCUGCAUUUCUCAACUGGGCAACAUCGCUGCACCUUACCUCGUCUACCUGGGAAUCUAUUCCAAGUCCACGCCGUACGUGUUAAUGGGGAGCCUCUGUAUUUUGGGGGGGUUGCUUGGCUUCCUGCUUCCUGAGACCUAUGGUUUGCCCCUGCCUGAGACCAUCGAUGACAUGCAGACUAUUCAAAGGUGUAAAAAGCGACAAACAUCAUUUAUCAUUUAACCAGGGAUUCUACAGCCAUGGAGGUGUCUUAAUGCUUUAAUGACUAGGUUACACUACGAUAUUGGAAGUUGGGUUUAUAUAAACAUUGAGGUCCUGUAUUACUUCUUAAACAUGUAAGGUGUGCACCAUUGUUAUCGGUAAUAAUUGUUGUCCUAGUAUGUGCAUAUAUAAUUUAUUAUGAUUAUAUUUUUAACAGUCGCACUUCUACUUUGAGGAGUGCCUAAAAUCGUGAAAUCAGAACAGAUUCACCUGUGUGAAAUGUGUCAGGCAGUCCUUUGGUCUAUGGUAUCCCUGUGGCAGGCGAACCCACCUCCCUACUUUUUGGGGGUUCACGCCUGGGUUUUGCCCUGGAAAGUGUCUUUUUGGGGCUUCACACCUGGGUUUUGUCCUGGAAAGUGUCUUUUCG